AUGUCUCUGCCGAGCGAGAGGAAACUUCUUCUCCUCAGUUUCUUCUGGUUUCUUGGAUCUUGGAGCUCAACAGACGCCGCUCCUUUCGACCAAUGGGGAGACGGGAUAGAGUUUAGAAAGGUGCGAGGAACCCAAAGUGAGGAUCUGAGUGAUGAUUUAUGGCCAGACCAGGACGAGGAUCAAGUCCAGAAUGUUUUCAAAAGAUUCCUGUUUCAUUACUCGAAAGCACACAACUCGGUGGGCGCCGUGCAGCACGAGUCACACUCCGUUCAUCCGUUGAUGCGACUUUCCCCCAAACUGUCCCAGAGGAGGAAGGUGUUGCUCUUGGCAGCACAUGCAUCAACGUGUUCCAGGUCCAGGAAGAAGAAGGAGAUCUUUAUAAAUCACAUCAGUGUUCCCGGCUCCAUUUACUGCCGCUGA